AUGCACCAGACACUCAAUUAUCAGGAGCAAUCUACAGUUCUUAGAACAUCUUUGAGAUUCUCGAGUACAGCAAUUAUGAACAAAGGAAAGGUCAUUGUGGUUUCGAACCGUCUUCCGGUCACCAUCAAGAGAUCUGAAGGUGGCAAGUAUGACUAUAUGAUGUCUUCGGGAGGACUUGUCACCGGACUUCAAGGGUUGAAGAAGCUGACUGAAUUUCAAUGGCUUGGUUGGCCUGGGGCGGAGUUUCCUGAAGAUGAGUGUGAGCGAGUCAAUCGUGAUUUGAUGGACAAAUUCAAUUGUACAGCAAUUUUUUUAAGUGAUGUGGUGGCUGAUUUACACUAUAAUGGAUUCCUGAACCUGAUCUUGUGGCCUCUUUUCCACUACCAUCCUGGAGAAAUGAACUUUGACGAAAACGCGUGGGCUGCCUACAUUGAGGCCAAUCGCCAGUUUGCUGUUAAGGUUGCUGAACAGGUGGACGAUAAUGAUUUGGUGUGGGUUCACGAUUAUCAUCUUAUGCUUCUUCCCCAGAUGUUGCGUGAAGAACUAGGAAAAACCAAGAAAAACGUGCGUAUUGGCUUUUUCCUCCACACUCCCUUCCCAUCGUCGGAGAUUUACAGAAUCCUACCUGUUCGUCGUGAAAUCUUGGUAGGUGUUUUGAGUUGCGAUUUGAUAGGCUUCCACACAUAUGACUAUGCUCGUCAUUUCUUGUCUGCCGUCAGUCGUAUCGUUUCCGACGUUUCAACCGUUCCCAACGGCAUCCAGUACCAGGGCCGCUCCAUCAACAUUGGCGCUUUUCCCAUUGGUAUAGAUGUAGACAAGUUUACCGAGGGCUUGACGAAAGACUCGGCUGUUGCUCGUGUCAAGCAAUUGAAACAAAAGUUUGGCGAUACAAAGAUCAUUGUUGGUGUAGAUCGGUUAGACUACAUCAAGGGUGUGCCGCAAAAGUUGCACGCUUUCGAGGUGUUUUUGACAGAAAACCCCGAAUGGAUAGGCAAGGUGGUGUUGGUCCAGGUGGCCGUUCCUUCUCGUGGAGAUGUCGAGGAGUACCAAAGCCUUCGUGCUACCGUCAAUGAGCUCGUGGGACGUAUUAAUGGACGUUUUGGAACGGUGGAAUUCGUUCCUAUUCACUUUAUGCACAAAUCGAUUCCGUUUGACGAGCUUAUCAGUUUGUACCAUGUAUCCGAUGUGUGCUUGAUUAGCUCCACUCGAGAUGGAAUGAACUUGGUCAGUUACGAAUACAUUGCAUGUCAAAAGGAGAAAAAUGGAGCAUUGAUUCUUUCUGAGUUCGCUGGAGCCGCCCAAUCUUUGAAUGGAGCCAUCGUGGUGAAUCCAUGGAAUAUCGAAGAGUUGAGCGAAGCUAUCAAAGAAAGUUUGACUAUGCCUCAAGAGAAACGACGUAUAGAGUUCGAAAAGCUCUUUGAAUACAUCUCCAAACACACGUCGGCCCAUUGGGGAGAAACUUUUGUGAAGGAGCUUUCUAAGUGCCAAGUAUAG